AUGCUCAGUAUAUCCCGAGGGAGCAUUGGACGCGGGUGUGCCAGCUCUCCCCGCAGUGAACACCUCGGCGGAGUUUGGCAUCAGCGCCAGCCAUGGACGCGGACUCAGGCGCUUCCUUGGACCACCUGUUCGAGGCUCUCGGGGUCGGGCGCUGGCCCCUGCGGUGUUCUUCACGUACUUGUGCUGGGCAUUCCUCCUCCCUCCAUUUUCCCUGGGCGGUGCCUUCUACAACGGCGCGGUGGACCACUGGUGCAACGUCCCUCAACUCAGCAACAGCUCCUGGACUCUAGAGCAACGACUCAAUUAUUCUAUACCAUGGGAAGAAAACAGGAAUCAUAUGAGGCGAUCACAGUGCAGGAUGUAUGUGAGAGACUACGAUGCCGUUGCUGACCUUCCUUGGUCGUCUGACCUCGCUUUGACCC